GUCGUCACUUGGGAAGCGCAACAAGGCUGCGCCGGUGGGUCACGUGAUGUUUUGUGGCGUGUUCAGGCUGCGCCGCUAACGGGCGGAGCCGGGAUGCGGAAGCCGAGGGCGGGCCUGAGCUUCCAUUUCACUGAGAUUGGAGCAGUGAAGGAACGAUGACGAGUGAGCUGUGUGACAGCCGGAGCUCUCAGCCUCCUCGCACUGAGGGCGAGUCAGACGUGGGCCAUGAGGAUGAGUUGGAGCUCCAGGCCCAGCAGUAUAUGGACUGGGUGCGGAACCCUGAAAUGUCUGGCCCCAGACCCCAAAGCUGCCCCCCAGAGCCAAGCAGCGAGUCCCAGCCCCGAAGCACCAAAUCCAGUGCCUCGGACCUGAAUGUCAAAUUGCGAUCUAGCCAGGUGCUGUCUGGAGACAACAGUCAGUCUGGCCUGCUGUCUCUCCCCUGGGAGCUGGUGCUGGAGAUCUGUUCGUACCUGGACGCCAGGUUUGUGCUUGGAGUCCUUCCAUUGGUGUGCCGAGCCUUUCAGUGUGUCCUUACUGACGAGGUGACUUGGAGAAUCCGGGCACAGAAGAUCCUUGGGCUGAGUUACCCCGUGUUGGAAGGUUUGUAA